ACCUGUCUGUAUACUAUGCAUUUCGACGAUGAGUUUCCUGGUUGUACACUCUGACGGUCGCACUUCCUCAACUUGGACAAAAGAAGCUUCAUUCAUCGUCUGACUCUAGAUCUGAAGCUUGGAGUUCAUUUCCGUUCAGUUUUAUAUUGGGGAUGUGGGAAAUGUUGGGCCAAUCUUCGCCUUCACCCUUUCUGCAUCUUUUUGUCAACAGAGGACACCAAGAUAUUUUCAGUUUGUGUAAAGAAGUGAGGUGUCGCAUUGCUGGAGGCAGAGUUGCUAAUCUUAGACAAUCACAAAUCGUCAAUUCACGGACAGAAGUGAGGUUGCAGAGGCCUUCUUCUGGUAGAAAUUUCAGUUCGUCCAUAUCACAAAGAAACAACUUUUUUAAGUUAGAUAGCGGUCUAUCUAGCUCAAUCCACUGGGAAGAAGGAGAGGUAGUUCUUGUUGUAGUGGAAUGUUGCUGAGAAUCAUGAUGAGAGGCUCCCACUAGUUGCAUCUUCAUUGUCUGCACUAGCGCCUUUGAGCUGGUUCCCUCCAGAUCCAACCUUUUAACAGUUGGAAACAGAGGCAUCC